AUGAAUUUUGGCGUUUUAGCCUCGAUACUUUUGUGGUUUAUUGUCACAAUUUUGAUUGCUUUUGGUUGUCUAUUCCUGUGUUUUAUGCUAUACUUGCAUUAUGUGCACAAACGGAACGCUCAUUUGCCAGGACCACCGCGUUCAAGCUUCAUAUUUGGCAACCUUGCUGACUUCUGGAAAUACAAGAAAGCGACAGGCAAAACUUUGGCUGAAUAUUCGCUGGAAAAGCGACUGGAAUAUGGACCAAUCUUUUUGAUAACGUAUUUUCACAGAUGUAUCGUAUACCUUGCCGAUCCAAACUAUAUUAGAGAAGUAUUUAUAAACAACCAUAAAUAUGUAUGCAAGGCCCCUUUUGUUUAUCAUAAAUUUGGGUUUAUAUUUGGGCAGAGGGGUAUCGGGUAUGGCAUAGUUACGAAUGUUGAUGACUUAUCCUGGCGUAAGAAACGGCACAUUAUGAAUCCGGCUUUUCAUCGGAAAUGCUUGAAAGAUUUCAUGACGAAUUUCAAUGAUGUUUCCGAUAGAUUUUUGAUUCGCAUGGGUGAGGUAGCUGAUGGUGGUAAACCUGUCAGUAUGGUUCAAGAAUUUGCAAAAGUCACACUCGAAGCUAUAAGUCAAGUGUCAUUUAAUAUCAAUACCAGCACGAUCGAGGACCCAGAAUCUCCAUUUCCCUCUGCAGUUCGCCACUACCUCGAAGGGGCACAAGCAAACUUUGAAAUUCCCUUAAACUCUGUAUUUAUGUCAAUUUUUCAAUUUAAACUAUUUCAAACAGAUUCCCAAAGAGUUCAAAUAAAUGCAGCCCAAUUUCUUCGAAAAUUUGCUUCAGAUUGUAUCACCACUAGAAUGAAGGACAUUGCUGAAAACAAGGAUGUACCCAAUGAUUUGCUGAAUCUUUUGAUUAACGAUGGUAGUUUAACAAGGGAGGAGAUCAUUGAUGAAUUCAUAACAAUAUUUAUUGCUGGCCAAGAAACAACCGCAAAUUCGUUGGCAUUUACAUUAUAUGAAAUUCUUAGAAACCCCCAUGUUGAAGCAAAGCUUUUGAAUGAAAUCAAAGAAGUUCUUGGUGAGCGACAAGAAGUUAAAUUUGAUGAUUUGGCAAAACUCAAAUACAUUGGUCAGGUAUUGGAAGAGAGUCUUAGAAAGCAUCCCAUUGUCAUAUCACCUAUAAGAAUUUUGGGAAAAGAGAUCACGGUUGGAGGCUAUCGAAUACCAAAGGGAAAUGGAAUCGCUAGCAGCCCCCUCUACUUUGCAAUGAACCCAGAAAUCUGGAAAGAUCCCGAAGUUUUUGACCCAGAAAGAUUUGCAGAUGCUGGAAACAUCCCAAACCUGAGCAUGAUACAUUUUCCAUUUUCCAUUGGUCCUCGUAAUUGCAUUGGACAAACAUUUUCAAAGUUUGAGUCCAAAGUUUUCCUCGCAAGGCUGUUUCAAAAUUUUCAGUUCAAGCUUCUCCCAGAUCAAACUGAUCGAAUGUUGAGUAGGAUGACCACGACACCUCGGGAUGGUGUGAUGUGUGAAGUUAAUAGAUGCACUGACCUGUACAAUAGUGAUUGA